UCAUAGGAUAAUCAUCGUCUUCUCAGGCCUCGGCCCCCGCGCCCGCUUGAGCGGUCACGUUGGAGGGCGAGAGGAGGAGGAGGGGCAGCAGCAAUAAAGGCACAAGCUUUGUUUUCUCGGGGACGGACGGACGGGGCCCCUUCCUUCCCUUUGGGCGUCGAGAGAAGCACGAGGGAGCGGUGACUGAGAGGAGAGAGGGACAAACUGUUCCCACCACCACCACCACCACCACUGCGCCCACUCUCCAGUCUCCAGUCCCUUCCUCCUCUCCACCCGCUCCCCACCCCGCACCCCUCCCUCCGGCCCCUUUCCUUCCCUCCCCCGCCUUUCCCUUUCGCCGUCCGCCGGCCGGGCUCGGAUCCGCCCCGCCGCGGGGGAUGAUGGACUUCGACGGCGGCAUUGGCGAUCAGAGUGAGAUGUGGGACUGGCAGAGUCAAGAGUUUGAUUUGCAGAAGGAUCUGCUACCAGGUUUGCAGCAUGCUUUCGUAUCAUUCCUUCUGUCCGAAAACUGCAUCCGGUUAACUGAUGAGAAUUCUUCUUCUGAUUUCGCAGUUCCAUCUACCUCCCUGUGGGCUGAAGCAAACCACAAUGAGGUUGAUUCUUGGAGCCUGUUCGAUGAGCAAACCCCAAUUAAAGAAUGUACAGACAUAGAUUUGCCCUUCUGUGAUAUAGGAGAUAUUAUUAUCAAGGACUUUGAUGAAGGAAAGGAAACCUUACAAGCUAAACGAAGGCGUAUGCUGCAGUUCUGUCCAGACAAUUCUGAGAUCGACUGUUCUCUGACAGAUGGGCUCUUGGAAAAUCUGCAAGUGGAUUUGGAUUUCUCUAGUGACGAGCAUUUGUUAGAGUGUGUUGGGACAGAGGAACUACCUGAACAAUGGCUGGUUGAUUGCUCACAAGAUAGUGAGAAUCGUUCGCCCCUGGAAGAAGUGAAAAGUCCUAGUGCUGCUGCGGAAGUAAAUACCUCUGUUCUUCAGAAUUCGUUGGUCGAGCUCGAGGAGCAGCCUAUCAUGAAAGUUGAGAAGAAACCUCCGCAAGCUAAACCUACACCUUUGAAAGCUGGAAGAAACGUCAUCAGAGCAAAGAAGCUGAAAGUGGCAUCGGUGGCCUACCCAUUCGAGCUCAUCAAGCCGUGUGGCUUCCACGGCGCCACCACCCUGAGGGACAUCAACCAGAAGAUCCUCGCUCCUCCCUCGUACAGGAUCAAGCACAAGAUCGACGAGGCGUCCGCUCUGUACCAGGAGGCGUCGGCCAUCUCCGGGAAGCCCGUGGUCCACAAGACGAAGAUCCACACCGAGGGGGGCAAGGGCAGCAUCACCAUCACAAGAACGAGAGGCUGACGAAGUUCUUCACAUAACCACCGCGCUGUAGCUGUCUAGAUGAUUUUUGUGGCCAAAGAAGUGUGUAUGGUUGGGCUGGGUUGGGUUGGGUUGUUCUUUGCUGCUGCAACAUUUGACCUGUGCUGGCUUUGUUAGGGUUGGUUGACUGGUAGAGCAGGCCUAGAAGUGUGCGUAGGCAGUGGGUUUGGCUAGCGUGUUUCUCUUUUUGGUCCAAAGGUGGAAAAAGUUGAUGUGAUAAUCAGGUUAAUAUGGACAUAUGUGUAUUACGUAGUUUUGUGAGAUUAAAUUAUAUAAUUUGCAGCACCUAUAUAUUGUA